GGAGGGGGGAGGCAGAGAGGAUAAACAGGGAGGAGAGAGACUGUCACAGAGAAGAGACAGAGAAAGAAGGAUAAGGGAAGAACAAGGGAAACCGAGACACAGGCUGGAGAACGACAAAAGAGAGACGGCGGAGGGGAGCGGACAGAGCAUAUACAGGAGGAGGACGGGGAUACAGGGUGAGGAAGACCAGGAUAUAGGGGACGGUCACUGAGAAGGACGGGCACCUAGGAGGUAAAUAGUUGGAGAUCACAUACCGACACUGGAGUGUAUACAAAUACUGGGAUAUAGGAUACGGGAAAGGACCGGGAUAUAGGAUACGGACAAAGGAGACGGGAUAGGACGGGGAUAUAGGAUACGGGAAAGGACGGGGAUAUAGGAUACGGACAAAGGAGACGGGAUAGGACGGGGAUAUAGGAUACGGACAAAGGAGACGGGAUAGGACGGGGACACAAGUGAAAGAGCUGAGGGCAGGGAUAUAGGAUAUGGACCAGUGGCCAAUAUAGAUAUAGGAUAUAGUGAAGAAUAGCGACUUGUCAGACUCCAGGCACUGUCUUGGGAGAAUUCAGACAGGCAGAGGAAUAGAUGGUGGUGAAUACAGAUCGUGCAGGUAGACGGCGGGCUGCCUUGCUGUAUCACUGGCUCUGUGUACAGGGGGGGACGGUUAGGACAGGCCCAGCCUAUGGAAGGGACAGGAGGGCAGAUCUGGGAUGCACUGGUCUGAUGUGUGAGCGGACCAUUCACACCAGUACAGAAGACUCUCCGGGACACGACGGGAUGAGAGAAGACGGGGGAGGGCUCUCACUUACAAUCUGAAUACUACUCCUUACAGUGUGAGCAUGAGUGCUGGAUCGGUGGAUCAAGAGCCGUCCCGGAAGCUAGGCUGCUGCGGUGUACCAGUGAUCACAGAAGAUAUGCAGGCGCUAGCCAUCCGCAGCCUGUCCGGGAGCGAAGUGCAGAAGCACUAUGAACUGAUUCGAGAGCUGGGGAAGGGGACGUAUGGCAGGGUAGAGCUGGUAUCCCAUAAGAGCACAGGCAACAAGAUGGCUCUGAAAUUUGUGAACAAGAACAAGACCAAGCUGAAGAGUUUCCUGCGGGAGUUCAGUGUUACUAGCGCUCUAUCCUGCAGUCCGUUCAUUAUUCGAGCUUUUCAUGUGCUCUUCCAGACAGAGGACUGCUACGUCUUCGCUCAAGAGUACGCACCAGCUGGAGACCUCUUUGAUAUUAUUCCACCACAGGUGGGUCUUCCUGAAGACAUGGUGAAACGAUGUGUUCAACAAUUGGGAUUGGCGUUGGAUUUUAUGCACAGCAAAAGCCUAGUUCAUCGAGACAUUAAACCGGAGAAUGUUCUUCUCUUUGAUCGUGAGUGUCGGCGAGUUAAGUUGGCAGACUUUGGCAUGACCCGUAAAGUGGGCUGCCGUGUUAAAAGAGUGAGUGGCACAAUCCCAUAUACAGCCCCAGAAGUGUGCCAAGCAGGACGGUCAGAAGGCUUUCCGGUAGAGACAAGCUUGGAUGUCUGGGCUUUUGGAGUACUUAUCUUCUGUGUGCUUACAGGCAACUUCCCUUGGGAGUCCGCCUCACCAGGAGAUGCCUUCUUUGAGGAAUUUGUACACUGGCAAAAGGGUCGCUUACCUGGUCUUCCUUCUCAGUGGCGUCGUUUCUCGGACAAUGCUCUACGAAUGUUUCAACGCCUUCUAUCCUUAGAGUCGGAAAAAAGGAGCCCAGUUAAGGAAGUCUUCUUUUACAUCAAGUACGACUUAUUGUCAGAAGCCAGACGUAGACCUUCUUACCGAUCUCGUAAACAAACAGGAGAAAAGUUACCACCUGUGCCCCAGCGUCAUGAGAAUCCCACUCCUCUCAAGAGGACAAUACUUACAGAGGGAGGCUCCUCACCGCGUGUACCACACUCGAUGGCAGAACCUGGACAACCACCCUCUGCCUCUGGCAGGACAGAUGGGCGUCAGGACAAGAAUAAAACUCAGAUGCUGCUGGCAACUGCCAUUGAGAUUUGUGUGUAACGCGGCCCACCCAGUUGGAUUCUACUUCGGUGGGAACUGAUGUCAUUCUCUCCAGUUAAGGUCAUCUCCUGGUUUAAGAUGUAAAGCAGGGUAGACCUCUUAGCAUUCAAUGGUCAUGAGCCUACAAGCAAAAAAAUUGCUGGUGUGAGAACACUUUAUGAAAGGAAGAAAGGACGUUUUGGGAUAUUUUCCACGCAUAAUGGGACAAAUAAGCCUUUUGAUCAAAACUUGUAAGGACUGUUAGGGUUGGUGACUGAAUGCUGCUUCUGCUAUGACAUGAAGGACUUUAACGUAACUUGUAAAGACUGAAAUAAGUCAGGCAGUGUUCACACAAGCGUUUUCUGUCAUACUCUACAACCAAACCCUACCCAUCCCGAAAAGAUUAAACAGCACAGGCAGGGCGAGUGCAAUCUUGUUAAUCCCACAAGUCUAGUUUCUUUAUACUACACUAAGCGUCUGAAAGCACCCGACUGACCUCCAACCAGACAGACAUUAUGCUACGUGGUUCCAUAUGACAAGAAAUACACCGCGGCUUAAGAAAACUGGUACUGAGGUAACUAUGGAAAUCACACAGCUGUAACCUUAGCAACCAAUGCAGCCUCUAUUUUUUGUUUUAUUUUGUAAACGAUAUGGUUGCUAUGGGCUACAGUGUUCUUUCUAGUAGUUGCCUUAGCACCAUCUCUAUAGCUGAUCAACUAUUAAGGGCUUGCAUCGUAAAUCAUCCUGGAGGCUUAGCGGCUGCUGUACCAGGGUAAUCUCUUAAUGUAAGAGUCUUGUCUCGAGAAUAAUCCUUUCAUUUUAGUCCACAUUUUACAUUCCCUUUUAAAACAUAUCAGACUCUUUUUGAAUCAUUAUGUGUUUAUUUGACCAGAUAUCAACAUAACCCGGAGUAACCGAAACAGCAAAUUUUAACUCUAGGAUAUCACUAUAUUAAUGAUCGUUGUGGCCAAUGGAUGCUUAGAAGAGCUCGGAGGUUUCACCACAAAGGGUGCUGGGGGGGGGGGGUUCUUAUUGGCUAUCAUAAAGCUAGCUCAUAGAACUAAUUGUGAAAGUGGCACUUAUCAGCUGCGGCAGUUUCCAUGGAAACGUAGAACCUGCCGUAACCUUUGGAGAACUAUUGAACGUUCCUCUAGGAUUCGUGAAAAGGUGUUUCAUUCAGAUCUAUUGAUAUUGAGUUAGAUCAAAUAUUCUUUGUUUAGCCCCAUAUCAUCACCCGACCAAGACUGACGGACGAACCCCCCCACCACCCAGUAAUGCGUUUCUUGAAACUGAACGCUGCAUUGGAAUUUGCCCAUCUCCCUACUUCCCAUCAUCCGCCAGUAGAGUGGUUGAAUGCACAUAUAGCAAUACAUUGCCUUGACAGUCAUUCUGACACAGAGGGUCAUUGUGGGAGGACAAGCAGUAAUCUUCUCCCUUUCCCCCAAAAACUGCCUAUGCAGAAUUCAUGUAGCAAAUAUUUUUCAGUUUAUUUGUAUGUAUAUCAUUUUUCUUGUCUUUUGUUGGGUAUUCAUGUUGUCCGGGAAGGCUGGUACUAAAUCCUGGUUUAUUUAAUGAACAUACACAAAAAACUACAGGUGGACAUUUUGUGUCCUAAACCAAUAUCUGACCCAAAUCUAGGGUCUAAAACUCCUCAUCAUUAUCAGUGCAGCCAACAAAAUGGCUGCCUACUGCGCUCAUGUAUCAGUCAUUGACAUGAAAUAGCUUACACCACAAAUCACCCCGUACAAAAUGGCUGCCUACUGUGCUCAUGUAUCAGUCAUGAAAUAGCUUACACCAGAAAUCAUCCCGUACAAAAUGGACGCCAUAUUGAUUAACUCAUUGUAUCAUUUUUCUAUGACGUUACUAAUGGCGUUCCAGUACAGUAGGUUUUAAUCUCUUGUACACGAUCGUCUUCAGGUCAAGUACUAAGACUUAUGUGAUGUGGCAUGUGACGUUUUAAACAUUCACUUCGGAUGCCGCCAUAUCCUUUAGCGCUGCAACAACACGCUGGUGCUGGGUUUUGUCCCGAUGGGAUCCGGUUGGUUUUUGAUGGCAAAAAUAGUGUAGCCUGCAAGCUGUUCUUCCUGUCAGGUAAAGCGAAAAAUAACAGAUCUGUAAUGAGACAAUGGGGUCUUUUUAGGAUUCAAUGGGAUCUUCUUGAAAAAAGGAUCUGUCAACAGCUGUUAUGGCUUCAUUAAGAGCAGAACUAGCCAGUCUGAACAUAAAAGUGCAGUACACAAAAUAUGUAGUCUUAUACAUGAUCCCGUAAGGGAAAGAAGCUGGUUAAUAUGGAUAAAGCUAGCAAAAGGUUUGUUAAAGCCAGACUGGCCAUGUAACGGAUGAAAUUUGAACAUAAAAUGGCAGCCGAGGUGCUCCCUCACUAGGUAUCUACAACAACGCUCCUCUGUGUACCUGAGGACUUGCUACUAUGGCCUCAGUCGAUACAACUCAUAUAAAGGGCUACAGCAUUGCUAUAACAGUGGAAGUGCCGUAACUAACACCCGUGCCGCCUGUUACAAAAAAUAAGUAAAUAUAGCGGCGUACAUAUCAGAUUAACACAAGAUGGCUGCCAUUGGGCCUAGCUCCUUCUCUCCAGAUGUCGGAGCUCUUAAGAACGAUAAUCAUUUUUAGAUUUCUACAAAUUUAUCAAAAAAAUUUGUUUAAGUCUAUGGAAACAAGCAGUCAGAGCACAAUAAUGGGCCCAGUGUAUCAGGACCGUCGCUAAGGAAAAACAAGCCUUGCUUUCACCCUUAGCAACCAAUCAAAUUUCAGCUUUCAUUUUGAGUGGGAAAAAAAUGUAACUCAUGCUCUUAUUGGUUGACCAUAGCAACCAAUGAGAACUUACUAAUUCCUUUUAAGAAAUGAAAGCUUAACUCUGGUUCAUAUCUAGAGUCUAUUUUCUAAGCUGCCUUAGGAACCAAGACAUCAGGCAACCAAUCAGCUCAGUCCAUGUUUUGGUUGCUAUAGGCUCUGAUUGGUUGCUAUGGGCAACAAGGACACUUUUUAACCUUUCAGGCAGUUUUGAAACUAGGCCCAGUCGUCCUUUUUUUCCAUGUCUCUCCUCGGCUUUAGGCCCUAAACAUAAGUAAUGAGUUUUACAUGAGUUCAAGUUACCCCGAAUUGAGUGAGACCCUGUAUAUUCCUCCAACUCUGAGUGGUAUAGAUGACUUAAGUAGCAUAUUCCCCCAUUUGCCUUAGACGUCUUCAAUGUUCACAACAUUAGUGCAAUAAUGUAGAUAAGGUGAUAAUUGAUAAACUUUUUAACUUACGUGUAGGGUAUUUCUGAUUCAAGGUUAGGGCUAGCUUAGUAAAGUUACCUCAGUUUAGCUGACUUGUUAAUAAGAUAUAUAAAUAUAUAUAGAUACCGUAUACAGUUGUAUAGAUGUAGAAAAGCAUAUUCCUAUGUGUGGGCUUUUUUUGUUUUUAAUGUGAAUAUCACAGUUUGUUCCACAUACCUCUACUACUCUCUAAGCCCUAUACUUUCCAACUUUGAAAAUUUUUGAAAAUUUAGAAAUUCAAGCCCCACCCCUGAGGACACUCGCAUAGACCAAGGAAUAAAUGCACUUUUGGGCGGGGUUUCCUAAACCUUCAGGAAACUUAAGCCCCGCCCCAGGACACACCAAUACACAUAGGAAACAAUGCACUAUUGGGAGGGGUUUCUCAAACUUUGCCCUUACUGUUGGCAUGUAUGCAAGUCUAUGUCUAAACAACAAAUUAUCAGAGUACCUACAAAGUCAUCUUGCACCCCAUUACAGGGGUCAUCUGGUUUAGAAGUUUUCCUUGACAAUAAUUUAGUCACCAAAACUUUUCCCAACAAUUAGUUACAAUCUGUGAAGAGACCUGGCAGUAAGGGUAGGUUCACACUACGGAAAUAAAGUAAGAAUUGCUGAAUUUUUCCAGUGGAUCCACGCUGUUCCCAAUGCUUUGAAAUUGGCGCUUAUGUCGGAAGCAGUUUGCCAAAGACAUAAGUGCCCUCCUAUUGACAAAUUCUCUGGGGGACAUGUUCAACCUGCUACUAAACUUCCACAUGUGAACUAAGCAGUAGAAUCCCAUAGAGAUCAAUGGAAGGCUACGUCAAGUGUAAUGCGCACAGAAUUUCUGUAGUGUGAAUAGGGCCUAAGUGUUUUGUUUCCCUGCAGCACCACCACUGGUAAAGUGAAGCAUUACAUUGCCCAUUCACAUUAAUGGGUAAUACAGGACAUGAUCGGUGCACCACAGUGAUAGUCCUUUUUGUCACAUAUCUCUAAUUUGGCCACGAGAUAAGCAUCAUGAACAGAGGACCCCUCCACCCCCACCUCUCUAUUAACUCAACAUUCGCUAAUAAGGCAAAUGAAAAUUGGUUUGCUAAACUAGACAACCUAAUUAGGGCCACCAUCUAUUCGUGAGAGUGGAAAGUACGAAAGAAGAACCAUUUUGAAAGCAUAAGUUCGGCAUUGCUCUUCCACCCAUUCUGCAAAGUUUUGCAGAGUUGGGAUUCCCAGCGAGUUCCGUGCAUGAGUCUUAUCAAUUAGAAAAGUACUUAUGCAUGGAACUCACUUGAUGUGGUACCCAGCAUGUGCAGCCUCUCUCCUUGCCAAACGUUGCAGAAUUUUGUAAGUUUACGCUUUACAGUACCUGUCAUCAAACCAUAUUUUCUAAACUAACUCCGGAUAUGUUCCAUAACUACUCCUAACACCCCUCCUGCCCUUAAAAAAAAAAUUCUGAGCUUUAAAAAGCUCUGUUUCAUACCUUUCCCCUUGCUCACAUUGGGUGAGCUCCCGGCAGGAGAAAGUGGGUGUUCCCCAGCAGGCAUGAUGUCAGUGAAGCCUGCAAGAGCUGUUCCUCGCCAUGCCCCGCAUGCACUUCCUGAGUUUGGUCUUCUGCCAGGCCGGGAGGAGACCAAACUAACUGUUUGACUUGUGCGGGAACAGAACAGAGCCACCUAGUGGCUGUUUUUUCAAUCACAUUAAAAACACAUUAAGGUUCAGAAUUUUAACAGCAAGUAAAUAGCAAAGUGUCUUAUAAUAACAUAAGAAACAAUAUAUUAAAAGUUUAGUUUGGUGACAGGUACUCUUUAAAAAUACUGAAGCCCUUAUGUAUUUUUCCCUGGCUUCAAAGAGUGUCUCUCAGUUUGGAGGAUCAAACAUAAUACAAACAGAAAACAUUACACAGUCAUCCCAGAACUGGUUUUAAAUUAUUAUUUUUUUUUUUAUCUGGAAGCAUUGCAAUGCCUCAUUUCUCCUGUGGAGGCACUGCAGGGAAAUCAAACAUUUCAGAUUCGCUCACAGAUUGUGGUACAGAGUAUAGUAUGCAUUUUCUAUUGAGAUUUGCCAGUAGGCAUAUGCACAUGACAAGCCUAGACAUGGCAUAGACCAGUGGUCUCCAAACUGUGGACCUCCAGAUGUAGCAAAACUACAACUCCCAGCACGCCCGGACAGCCAACGGCUGUCCGGGCGUGCUGGGAGUUGUAGUUUUGCAAAUUCUGGAGGGCCACAGAUCGGAGACCACUGGCUUAGACCUUCUUCCGUGCUACAUUAGGAGGCGUUUUAGAAUUGCCUUUCCGAUUCUGUCAUUUUUAGUGGCUUUAUAAUAGAAAUUGAAUAGAUGAAAAAAAAAGCCACUUCAGAUGCCCGACCCUACGUAUUUCUUCUUAGAAAACCCUCCGCGCACUGUCCUGCGGGUCUUUAAUUUAUCUCUCUUUCUUCUCUCUUAAGAAUACUUAAUAAUACAGUACAAUGCAUUAUAAAUAAGAUACUUAACUUGUGCCCCGGGGAGUUUAUUCAUUAAAGCAUAACCACUAACAGUUGUCAAUGGCCACCGGGCCGGUAAGGAAAUUCUCUUUUCUUUUACUCUUAUUACUAUACAUUCAGAUUGACCAAUGUGAAUAUGUCCAAACAAAAAUGAGGGUGCCAUGCCGCCUUAUCCUUAAUUUUUUCCCCAAAUUUUUUUUUUAACAGUCCUAAUUACCCCAAAAAGGAGGAGAGGGCAAAAAGAGAGGUCAGGGAGGGGGAUGUGGAACGCUUUGUGUCUCCUUUCGUUGUGUGGUCCGUCAUUGUGUUGAACGUGUCUUUCCGUGUUCCUGCACUGCGAAUGAGGGAGGAGCGACUAGCAAAAAUGAGCGAUAUAAAUAAAUCAUUGCCCUCCGAAAUGGAUUCAUUGUACUGAAAUCCUCCCUGCAGACUCUGGAAAAAAAAAAUAUGAUGUACCGUGUCGGCGGUGCAGAGGAAACUUUAUAAAAAUGUGUGUGUAUUUUUAUUUUUUAUUCUUUUUUCCUGGUAGACAAUAAAUUAAAAUACUGAAAAUAAGACAA